AAAAAAAAAAUGGAUCCGCAGCAAUCUAAGAACACACAAAAAUCUGCUGCAACUCCUGGUGAUGGGAUACGUUCAAUGCGCUCGACAAACGUUUUUCGGGCUAUAAACUUCGAACUGUAUGCUAAACCGAAUGCCAUUAUCAUGGGAAUCGGAUUGGUGGCGAUUGGCAUAACCUUUGGCUACAUUGCCUUUAUGCGAGCAAAAUACGAAGGUCUUGGGUAUUACACGGCCAUUCAAGAGGAUGGAAAGGAAAUUUUUGUAAAGAAAAAGUCAAAAUGGGAAUAGUUGAUUUGAAAAUAUACCAGUGCUGAUA